CAUGAUUAAUUAUCGUGCCACAAAAUCACUUACUAGAACUUUCCAACAUUGAUGUAUUUGGUCACAAACUUUGAUUGUGUUUUUCAUUGGUUUUCAAAAAUCCUUGCAAAAAAAUCCUCGACAAUACAUACAGUUUCAAUCUAGUUUCCAAUCAAACACUAAAAGGAAGAAAAUGAUUCAGCCAUUUUUAGCACUUGUUUCUGUUGAAGUUUUCUUCACACUUACACUGUUGUUUAGGACUCCGUUAAGGAAACCAAUGGUUAUGCUGUUGGACAGAAUGAAGAGAGGUCAAGGUCCUGUGGUGGCAAAAACCGUGGCUGCCACUUUGUUCAUGAUUCUCGUCUCUAUUCUCUACAAUAUCAUGAAAGUUCAGAAGCGUUCUGCUGAAUCUGGACAUAUAAACCCACCUGAUCAGAUUCUUUUGCUCAAUCAUAUUCUUGAAGCCUGUCUUUUGGGUUUUACCUUAUUUCUUGCAAUGAUGAUCGACAGACUACACUACUACAUGAAAGAGCUUCGUACACUUAGGAAGAAACAGGAGGAAACGAAUAAAUCAAAAGAUUGAGCCAAAAUAAAUUUCCUCUCUCAGCCCUAAAAUGAUUUUCUUAUUUGUUGUAUUAAAAUUAUUCAAUAGAAUUAUUUUCGGACAGAAGUAGUAGGAAAUAAUUUCAGAGUGCUAGAAAAACUAUGGAUUAAUUAACGAGGUCUCUAGUUGGAUUAGUGUCAUGAAAUUUAUCUUUGGCUCGUGUGAUUUGAAUGAAUCAAAGCCUGGUGUCAAUCGACUUUUUUUUCGCAUUUUCGCUUGCUCCUAUCAUCAUCGUUCAGCCGAAGUUCAGUAGCAUACACAUACUUGAAGGUGGUGGGAGUGGAAAAAAAAAAAAAAAAAAACCAACAAAGGGACGAAGGGAGCACUAUUAGUUCUGCUAUAUCGUAUUCAUGCAUAUGAACUGACAGAAUUUGGUGCUUCUUCUACUUUAUGUAAUAUGAUAACAAUCAAGGAACUAAACUCCUUAUUGUAUAGCAGGAACAUUAAUAAAAUGCAC